CCAGAAUUCCCGGGGCUGUGGAAGAGACCAUAGACUCAACAGGAGGGGGAGUCCUGGGUAGCGCGCCGGUCUACAUCGUUACUUGGCGGAAAGUUCCCAUGAGUCUUUGCCAGCGUCCCCCUCCUUUUGUGAGGAAUGGGAUAUUCCGACUCCUUAAGGGCCAGGCGCACAUAAGGUGUGACCUUUUCAUUCCCGUUGUUAUGGAGAUUGCGUACCCACUGCAGAGUGCUGAAGACGGGGUAGCCACGAGGUUGCAAAUUCGUGAAGAAUCAGCAUCAUGUUUGGCAGCUGAGUAUUGGAGCCAGGAGCCUGCCAUGAGGUUUUGAGAACAGAGUGCUGUUUUAGAGCUGGCAGCAGCAUCUCAGCCCAAGAGAAGGUUAUAUUCCCAGAGGAUGUCAGUCCCAAGGACCAGUAGCUGCCAUCAGUUUGGAUUCUGAAAACUAACCGGCAUCAACACUGGGUGUAGAAACAUGCUUGCCUUAUGUAUCAGAGGACAUGCUCAGCAGAUCCAAGAGAUAUAUUUGGCAACUUUUUCUAGAAAAGGCACAUUGGGUAUCAUUCAUUACAUUCUUGAGUUUUUUUGGUUUUUUUUUUUUUUUUUUUUUUUUGAGACAGUCUUGCUGUAUUGCCCAGGCUGGAGUGUGGUGGCACAAUCACAGCUCAUUGCAUCCUCAAUCACCCAGGCCUAAGCAAUCCUCCCACCUUGUAGCUGGGACUAUAGCUCACAGCACACCUGGCUAAAAUUUUUUUUUUGUUAAGACGGAUUCUCUAUGUUGCCCAGGCUGGUCUCAGGCUCCUGGGCUCAGAUGGUCCUCCUGCCUCAGCUUCCAAAGGCACAGGCCAAGUUGUAGCUUUGUCCCUUGCCAUCAUGCCCAACAAGAGGUUCUAUACCUUUUAAUGAAUUGACUUUCAUAAAUUGGUUAUGUUGGUGGGCAAGUUCUUUAAGCUGGAAAUUGUAAAUUCCUCCUGAAAUGUUUUUUCAUGCAGUUACCAUGAACUAAUACUACAAUAAAGGAUGGUCUUGGGUGUCAAUUCUUGAAAA